UCCGUCAGUCGUCGUCGGGUAUUUGUUCGUUCAAGACGUUGGAAAAUCUUUGUUCAAAAAUAAAAUUAUUAUAUUGGCAUUCGAAAUUUAUUACAUAAUAUCACCACACGCGCUAAGGAUUACAUACUGCGCUGAUUCCAAAAGCGACGAACUAACGCAAGAUUUGCUCGACGGAUCAACGUUUUGAGUGAUUUUGGGUGAAGUUGUGAAAUCUAGAGCUUUUAAUAGCAGCAAGUCGCAAUUUGUCUGGGAUACGAGUGAUAUUAUUAGAUACUCUUAAAAAUAACGCAGUGAGAAAAAUUGUUUGCAAUAACACUAAAACUUAUAUAACUGUAGAAAUAUCCCGUAAAUAGAAAAAUCGUUUUGGACUCAGAACUCUGAAAAAGUGUGAAAGUAGUUAAAGAUGCCGAAGCCAGUGGUCCAAGUCGGAGAUGACCCCGAUCCAGGCCCAUGGCUGUUCGUCUCUGAGGAGAUGAAAAAAGAAGCUAUGGCAAAACCUUACGAUGGCAAGAAGGCUUGUUGGGUUCCCGACGAAAAAGAGGGUUUUCUGCAGGGUGAGAUCAAGGCCACCAAGGGUGAUCUGGUCACGGUGGCACUUCCCGGUGGUGAGUGUAAGGAUUUCAAGAAGGAUCUGGUAGGCCAGGUCAACCCACCCAAAUACGAAAAAUGCGAGGAUUUAUCCAACUUGACAUAUCUUAACGAUGCCUCUGUCCUGCAUAACCUGAGAGAGCGUUAUCGUUCCCAACUUAUUUAUACGUACUCUGGCUUGUUCUGUAUUGUAAUCAACCCGUACAAGCGUUGGCCACUUUACACCAUGCGUGCCGCCAAGAUGUACCGAGGCAAGCGUCGUAAUGAGGUUCCUCCCCAUUUGUUUGCCGUUUCUGACGGUGCCUACGUAAACAUGUUGUCCAACAAGGAGAACCAGUCUAUGUUGAUUACCGGUGAGUCUGGUGCCGGAAAGACUGAGAACACCAAGAAGGUCAUUGCGUACUUCGCCACCAUUGGUGCGUCGAGCAAGAAGAGCGCUGAAGAGGACAAGAAGAUCUCCCUUGAAGAUCAGGUCGUACAGACCAAUCCCGUACUGGAAGCCUACGGUAACGCCAAGACCGUCCGUAACGAUAACUCGUCUCGAUUCGGUAAAUUCAUCCGUAUCCACUUUACUGCCUCCGGUAAGCUGGGUGGAGCUGAUAUUGAGACCUACCUGCUGGAGAAGGCCCGUGUCAUCUCUCAGCAGACUCUGGAGCGCUCCUACCACAUCUUCUACCAGAUGAUGUCCGGCUCGGUCAAAGGAUUGAAAGAGAUGUGCUACUUGUCCAACGAUAUUUACGACUACUACAACGUAUCCCAGGGUAAAGUUACUAUCCCCAAUGUCGAUGAUGGCGAGGAGUGUGCUCUAACCGAUGAAGCCUUCAACAUCCUGGGCUUCACACAGGAGGAGAAGGACAACAUCUACAGGAUUACCGCCGCUGUCAUGCACAUGGGAGGCAUGAAGUUCAAACAAAAGGGUCGCGAAGAGCAAGCAGAAGCUGACGGCACUGAUGAGGGUGAUCGCGUCGCUAAGCUGCUGGGUUGUGUCACUGAGGAUCUUUACAAGAACCUGCUGAAGCCACGCAUCAAGGUCGGUGCCGAGUUCGUCACCAAGGGUCAGAACAAGGACCAGGUCACGAACUCUGUUGGUGCUCUCUGCAAGGGUAUUUUCGAUCGUCUGUUCAAGUGGCUGGUCAAGAAGUGUAACGAGACUCUGGACACCAAGCAGAAGCGCGCUCAGUUCAUUGGUGUGCUUGAUAUUGCUGGUUUCGAGAUCUUCGACUACAACGGGUUCGAGCAGCUUUGUAUUAACUUUACCAAUGAGAAGCUUCAGCAGUUCUUCAACCAUCACAUGUUUGUCCUGGAACAAGAGGAGUACAAGAAGGAGGGUAUCGUCUGGGCCUUCAUUGAUUUCGGUAUGGACUUGCUGGCCUGUAUUGAGCUGAUUGAGAGACCCAUGGGUAUCCUGUCCAUUCUUGAGGAAGAGUCUAUGUUCCCGAAAGCCACCGAUCAAACCUUUGCUGAGAAGCUGAUGACGAACCAUUUGGGCAAGUCUCCUCCAUUCCAGAAGCCAAGACCGUCGAAGCCAGGUAUCCCGGCGGGUCACUUUGCCAUUGGUCACUACGCUGGCGUUGUCACGUACAACAUCACCGGAUGGCUUGAGAAGAACAAGGAUCCGCUGAACGACACUGUCGUCGAUCAGUUCAAGAAGGGUACCAACGCGCUUAUUGUUGAGAUCUUCGCUGAUCACCCGGGACAGUCUGGUCCACCACCAGGCGCUGAUGAUGGCAAGGGUGGUAAGGGCGGUGGACGUGGUAAAAAGGGUGCCGGUUUCGCCACUGUAUCUUCGGCCUACAAGGAACAGUUGAACAAUCUGAUCAGAACUCUGUGCUCCACUUCGCCUCACUUUGUCCGUUGCAUCAUUCCCAACGAGUUGAAGCAGACCGGUCUUAUCGAUGCUCACUUGGUUAUGCACCAGCUGACCUGUAACGGUGUACUUGAGGGCAUUCGUAUUUGUCGUAAGGGCUUCCCGAACAGAAUGAACUAUCCUGAUUUCAAGCAACGAUAUCUGAUUUUGGCCCCAGCUGCCAUGCAGGCCGAACCUGAAGGAAAGGUAGCCGCUGAGAAGUGUAUGGAAGCAGUCGCUCUUGAUCCCGACUUGUUCCGUAUUGGUCACACGAAGAUUUUCUUCCGUGCCGGUGUCCUGGGUCAAAUGGAAGAGUUCCGUGAUGAGCGUCUGUCCAAGAUUAUGACCUGGGUCCAGUCUUGGUGCCGUGGUUACCUGGAUCGUAAGGAGUUCAAGAAGGCGCAGGUACAGCGAACCUCUCUGGAAGUUGUUCAGCGUAAUCUGCGCAAGUACUUGAAACUCCGUACCUGGGCCUGGUGGAAACUGUGGGGCAAGGUCAAGCCACUGCUCAACGUGUCUCGCGUUGAGGACCAGAUUGCUAAACUGGAAGAGAAGGCCCAACAUGCAACAGAAGCACUGGAGAAGGAAGAGAAAUUGCGUAAGGAAUUGGAAGCUAUGAACAGCAAACUGUUAGCCGAGAAGACCGCUCUGCUUGACUCGCUGUCCGGUGAGAAGGGAGCUCUCCAAGAAUACCAGGAGAAGGCCGCCAAGUUAACCGCGCAAAAGAACGAUCUUGAAAACCAGUUGCGUGAUACUCAGGAGCGUUUGGCUCAGGAAGAAGAUGCCCGCAAUCAGCUCUUCCAAACAAAGAAGAAGUUGGAGCAGGAGAUCUCCGGCCAGAAGAAGGAUGCUGAGGACCUGGAACUGCAGAUCCAAAAGAUUGAACAUGACAAAGCAUCUAAGGAUCACACGAUCCGCAACUUGAACGAUGAAAUCGCUCAUCAGGAUGAGCUGAUCAACAAGCUGAACAAGGAGAAGAAGAUGCAGGGUGAGGUUAAUCAAAGGAACGGAGAAGAGCUGCAGGCCGCUGAAGAUAAGGUUAACCAUUUAAAUAAAGUAAAGGCCAAACUAGAGCAGACUUUAGAUGAGCUGGAGGAAUCUCUGGAUCGUGAAAAAAGACUUCGAGGAGAUGUGGAUAAAAACAAACGCAAGGUUGACGGAGAAUUGAAACUCACACGUGAAGCGGUUUUGGACCUUGAACGCAAUAGAAAAGAGCUAGAGCAAACUAUAAUUCGGAAGGAUAAAGAAAUCUCUGCCUUGUCCGCUAAUGUUGAAACCGAACAGAACUUGGUAGGGAAGCUGCAAAAACAGAUCAAAGAACUGCAAGGCCGCAUAGAAGAGCUCCAGGAUGAAGUCGAAUCUGAACGUCAGGCUCGUGCCAAGGCUGAGAAGCAGCGUGCCGAUUUGGCUCGAGAGCUGGAAGAUUUCGGUGAGCGUCUAGAGGAAGCUGGUGGUGCCACCUCAGCUCAAAUUGAUCUUAACAGGAAGCGAGAUGUUGAACUCGCCAAGCUGCGCCGUGAUUUGGAAGAGGCCAAUAUCCAGCAUGAGAGUACCCUGGCUAGCUUGCGUAAGAAGCACAACGAUGCCGUUGCUGAGAUGGCUGAACAGGUGGAUCAACUCAACAAACUGAAGAUGAAGGCUGAACACGACCGGGCUAACAUGUACAAUGAGUUGAACAAAACUCGUUCGUCCUGCGAUCAACUUGCGCGUGAUAAGGCUGGUCAGGAGAAGAUUGCCAAACAGCUACAGCAUAAUCUCAAUCAUAUACAUGGCAAGCACAAUGAAACGAAUCGUACUCUGAACGACUUUGAUGCUUCGAAGAAAAAGCUCAGCGUUGAGAACUCCGACCUGCUGCGUCGAUUGGAGACUGCCGAGUCCCAGGUUGCACAGCUUAGCAAGCUCAAGAUUUCUCUUAGUCAGCAGCUAGAGGAUACCAAGCGACUGGCCGACGAGGAGUCUCGCGAACGGGCUACCCUACUUGGCAAGUUCCGCAAUCUGGAGCAUGACCUUGACAACUUACGUGAUCAGGUUGAGGAGGAGGCUGAGGGCAAAGGAGACAUACGUCGUCAACUCAGCAAGACCUAUGCUGAAGCUCAGCUAUGGCGUAGUAGGUAUGAGUCUGAAGGAGUCAGUCGUGCUGAAGAACUCGAGGAAGGUAAGAGGAAGCUGCAGGCCCGCCUUGCCGAGGCUGAGGAGACCAUUGAGUCGCUUACCCAGAAGGUUAUCGCUUUGGAGAAGACCAAACAACGCUUGUCUACCGAAAUUGAGGAUUUACAGCUUGAAGUGGGUCGUUCUACUGUGAUUGCCAACUCCGCUGAAAAGAAACAUAGGUCGUUCGAUAAGAUCAUCGGCGAGUGGAAGCUCAAGGUCGACGAUCUGGCGGGUGAGCUGGAUGCUUCCCAGAAGGAAUGCCGCAAUUACUCGACCGAGCUGUUCCGUCUCAAGGGUGCCUACGAAGAGGGCCAGGAGCAGCUUGAGGCUGUCCGUCGCGAGAACAAGAACUUGGCCGAUGAAGUCAAAGAUCUGCUGGACCAGAUCGGUGAGGGCGGCCGCAACAUCCACGAGAUUGAGAAGUCUCGCAAGCGCCUGGAGGCUGAGAAGGACGAGCUGCAGGCCGCCCUUGAGGAAGCCGAGGCUGCUCUGGAACAGGAGGAGAACAAGGUUCUGCGCGCUCAGCUUGAGCUGUCUCAGGUGCGCCAGGAAAUUGACCGCCGCAUCCAGGAGAAGGAAGAGGAAUUCGAAAACACCCGCAAGAACCACCAGCGUGCCCUGGAAUCUGUACAGGCCUCGCACGAGGCUGACGCCAAGAGUAAGGCUGAGGCCCUGCGCAUGAAGAAGAAGCUGGAAGCAGACAUCAACGAGCUUGAGAUAGCUUUGGAUCAUGCCAACAAGGCUAACGCUGAGGCCCAAAAGAACAUCAAGCGAUACCAGCAAGAACUACAGGACGUACAGGGAAUCACGCAAGAAGAACAACGUGCUCGUGACGAAGCUCGUGAACAGCUUGGUAUCUCUAAGCGCCGCGCUCAUGCUUUGCAAAAUGAACUUGAGGAGUCACGAGUGCUGCUUGAGCACUCCGAUCGAUGCCGUCGUCAAGCUGAACAGGAGCUGAGCGAUGCUCACGAGCAGCUGAGUGAAGUUUCUGCUGAAAGUGCGUCAAAUGCCGCAGCAAAAAGGAAGAGAGACUCCGAGCUGCAUACUAUGCACUCCGACCUGGAUGAGCUGCUGAACGAAGCCAAGAACUCUGAGGAGAAGGCUAAGAAAGCUAUGAUUGAUGCCGCUCGUCUAGCUGAUGAGCUCCGUGCUGAACAAGAUCAUGCCCAGACCCAGGCGAAGCUGCGCAAAGCCCUUGAAGUACAAAUUAUAGAUUUACAAGCCCGUCUGGAUGAUGCCGAAUCGAGCACUCUUAAGGGAGGCAAAAAGGCAACUCAAAAGCAAGAAGACCGUAUUCGAGAGCUGGAAGCCGCGUUGGACAGUGAACAGAGCAAGCAUAACGAAGCUCAGAAAAAUCUUCGCAAGGCAGAGCGCCGCGUCAAGGAGCUCUCCUUCCAGUCGGAGGAAGAUCGCAAGAACCACGAGCGAACGCAGGACCUGGUUGACAAGCUGCAGCAGAAGUCCACGACGUACAAGAAACAGAUUGAGGAAGCGGAGGAGAUUGCUGCACUGAACUUGGCCAAGUUCCGCAAAGCCCAGCUGGAGUUGGAGGAAGCUGAAGAACGAGCGAACGUUGCCGAGCAAGCUGCUACCAAGUUUAGCUCCAGGGGCAGAGCUAGCAGCACUGCUCAGGGCGGUGGUGGAUGCUGAGCUCGUUAGGGAAUUUUUUUUAAUAAAAUUUUAUGGAAUGUUUAUAUAAUAACCUUUUCUAUUCUGUAACAACAUAAUUGAAUGAAUGUAAAAUGAUUCAGUGCAGGAAUGAAAAUCGCAAUACAAAUAUUUUUAGCCGCAUUAAAUUCUAAUGGUUAUGUGAAAUAAAUCGAAAAUAAAUGUUUUUU